ACAAACCCAAAAUGCAAAAUAUUGUAAAAUAAAAAAUAAACAGAACAAAGAAUUGCAAUUUGUUUUCCCGCACGGUAAACAACUCUCUCAGUUUGGCCUCUUUCUCCGGCGCCGAUCAAACGCAACCGUCAACCGAUUUUUCAAACGCAACCUCUGUCUUUAUGGACUCUAUCACCGGAGGUCCGUCUCCCGUUAACUUUGCUCCGCCGCGUCCUCCGUCGUCAUCGCCGUUCCUCGGCCGGGAAGACUGUUGGAGCGAGGACGCAACUUCCACCCUCGUCGACGCCUGGGGAGAGCGCUACGUCGACCUCAACCGUGGUAACCUCCGUCAGAAGCACUGGCAAGAGGUUGCCGACGCCGUCAACGACAUCCACGCCGCCGGCAACAACAGGAAAGCACGACGGACCGACGUUCAGUGCAAAAACCGAAUCGACACGCUCAAGAAGAAGUACAAGAUCGAGAAAGCUAGGGUUUCCGAAUCCGACGGCGGUUACCAGAGUCCCUGGCCAUUUUUCUCUCGUCUCGACAUGCUCAUCGGCGAUACUUUCCCGGUAAAAAAACUCUCACCGCCGGCAACCGUACGCACCACCCCUUCCGCCGUAAAACCACCUCUGCCUCCGCCGGCGUGGAUUAUCUCUCAUCCGGUAGGUCCCCGAUCUGGAACGCAGAAACGUCCGGCACUGAUGAACAGAGACGACACAUCUUUCCGGCGGAAUUUCUCAGCCUUCGCGGCGGCUGCUGCUGCUGCGGCAGAGGCGGAAAGCGGGGAGUCAGAGGAAAGGAGGUCGAGCAUUGGAACAGGAAGCGGCGGCAAGAAGGUAAAGGAAAGUGAUCGGAAUAUGGAGUUUGGUUACAGAGAGCUUGCUCAGGCUAUAGAGAAGUUCGGCGAAGUAUAUGAGAGAGUUGAAGCUUCGAAACAGAAGCAAAUGGUGGAAUUGGAGAAGCAGAGGAUGCAAUUUUUGAAGGAUUUGGAGUAUCAGAGAAUGCAGCUAUACAUGGAAACACAGGUUUAUCUUCAUAAAACCAAGCGCACCAAGCGUUCUUCUGGUUCCGCAGACAGUUUCUCGUAGCGACUAGCGACCAGUGAUGAAGAAUCUUAUUGGGAAGAAUAGAUAGAUUUUACCUUUUGGACAUGGAAGCAUAUAUUAUAGCCCUCUUUUUUUAGAAUUUAAAAAAUAACUUAGGAAAGGUAUUUCACAGUGAGGUUCAGGUUUGGUUGUAUUUAUAGUGUAAUGCUUGAUUUUGUGCAGUAAAUUUUCUUUCUUUUUUAUCGCUUUUGAGAAACACUAGAAACUUUCAUUUAUUAGAUUCAAUUGGAUUUA